GUGAACCCUGACCUUAGCUUUCCGUAGCGUCCCGCGUCUACCGUGCCCGCCCCCGGAGCGAAGGAGGCGGGUUUUGGCCUCUUGCCCUAGGGAACGAGUGCGGAGGGAGUGGAAGUGUCCAACUCUUCGGAGAGGCCCUGCUGUACUCCACGCUGCUCAUGAGCCCGUUCUCCGGCGAGCAGCGCCGUCGUUAGGCCGGCCCCUUAGCCUCUGCUUCCCCCGGGACAGGCCCACGCCUUGCCGGGGAGGGGGCAGCCUGUCGAGGCGCCUCCCUAGUCAGCGUCUGCGUCGCGCUGCGACCCUGGAAGCGGGAGCUGCCGCGAGCGAGAGGAGGAGCCCCAGCGGCGGCGGGCAGCAGCACCAGCAACGCCGGCGGGCGGGAUUGAGGCCGUCAACAUGGCGAGCGCCUCGUACCACAUCUCCAAUUUGCUGGAAAAAAUGACGUCCAGCGACAAGGACUUCAGGUUUAUGGCUACAAAUGAUUUGAUGACAGAACUGCAGAAAGAUUCCAUCAAGUUGGAUGAUGAUAGUGAAAGAAAGGUAGUGAAAAUGAUUUUGAAGUUACUGGAAGAUAAAAAUGGAGAGGUACAGAAUUUAGCUGUCAAAUGUCUUGGCCCUUUAGUGAGUAAAGUGAAGGAAUACCAAGUAGAGACAAUUGUAGAUACCCUCUGCACUAACAUGCUUUCUGAUAAAGAACAACUUCGAGAUAUUUCGAGUAUUGGCCUCAAAACAGUAAUUGGAGAACUUCCUCCAGCUUCCAGUGGCUCUGCAUUAGCUGCUAAUGUAUGUAAAAAGAUCACUGGGCGUCUUACCAGUGCAAUAGCAAAGCAGGAAGAUGUGUCUGUUCAGCUAGAAGCCUUGGAUAUUAUGGCUGAUAUGUUAAGCAGGCAAGGAGGACUUCUUGUUAAUUUCCAUCCUUCAAUUCUGACCUGUCUGCUCCCCCAGUUGACCAGCCCUAGACUUGCAGUGAGGAAAAGAACCAUUAUUGCUCUUGGCCAUCUGGUUAUGAGCUGUGGAAAUAUAGUUUUUGUCGAUCUUAUUGAACAUCUGUUGUCAGAGUUGUCCAAAAAUGAUUCCAUGUCAACCACAAGAACCUACAUACAAUGUAUUGCUGCUAUUAGUAGGCAAGCUGGUCAUAGAAUAGGUGAAUACCUUGAGAAGAUAAUUCCUUUGGUGGUAAAAUUUUGUAAUGUAGAUGACGAUGAAUUAAGAGAGUACUGCAUUCAAGCCUUUGAAUCAUUUGUGAGAAGAUGUCCUAAGGAAGUGUAUCCCCAUGUUACUACCAUUAUAAAUAUAUGUCUUAAGUAUCUUACUUAUGAUCCUAAUUAUAAUUAUGAUGAUGAAGAUGAAGAUGAAAAUGCCAUGGAUGCAGACGGUGGUGAUGACGACGACCAAGGGAGUGACGAUGAAUACAGUGACGAUGAUGACAUGAGUUGGAAAGUGAGACGUGCAGCUGCUAAGUGCUUGGAUGCUGUAGUUAGCACAAGGCAUGAAAUGCUUCCAGAAUUCUACAAGACCGUCUCUCCUGCACUAAUAUCCAGAUUUAAAGAGCGUGAAGAGAAUGUAAAAGCAGAUGUAUUUCAUGCGUACCUUUCUCUUUUGAAGCAAACUCGUCCUGUGCAAAGUUGGCUGUGUGACCCUGACGCGAUGGAACAGGGAGAAACACCUUUAACAAUGCUUCAGAGUCAGGUUCCAAACAUUGUUAAAGCUCUGCACAAACAGAUGAAAGAGAAAAGUGUGAAGACCCGACAGUGUUGUUUUAACAUGUUAACUGAACUGGUAAAUGUAUUACCCGGGGCCCUAACACAACACAUUCCUGUACUUGUACCAGGAAUCAUUUUCUCACUGAAUGAUAAAUCAAGCUCAUCAAAUUUGAAGAUCGAUGCUUUGUCCUGUCUAUAUGUAAUCCUCUGUAACCACUCUCCUCAAGUCUUCCAUCCUCACGUUCAAGCUUUGGUCCCCCCAGUGGUGGCUUGUGUUGGAGACCCAUUUUACAAGAUUACAUCUGAAGCUCUUCUUGUUACUCAACAACUUGUUAAAGUAAUUCGUCCUUUAGAUCAGCCUUCCUCAUUUGAUGCAACUCCUUACAUCAAAGAUCUAUUUACCUGUACCAUUAAGAGGUUAAAAGCAGCUGACAUUGAUCAGGAAGUCAAGGAAAGGGCUAUUUCCUGUAUGGGACAAAUUAUUUGCAACCUUGGAGACAAUUUGGGCUCUGACUUGCCUAAUACACUUCAGAUUUUCUUGGAGAGACUGAAGAAUGAGAUUACACGGUUAACUACAGUGAAGGCGUUGACAUUGAUUGCUGGGUCCCCUUUGAAGAUAGAUUUGAGGCCUGUCCUGGGAGAAGGGGUUCCUAUCCUUGCCUCAUUUCUCAGGAAAAACCAGAGAGCUUUGAAACUGGGUACCCUUUCUGCUCUAGAUAUUUUAAUUAAAAACUAUAGUGACAGCUUGACUGCUGCCAUGAUUGAUGCAGUUCUAGAUGAGCUCCCACCUCUUAUCAGUGAAAGUGAUAUGCAUGUUUCACAGAUGGCUAUCAGUUUUCUAACCACACUAGCAAAAGUGUAUCCCUCCUCCCUUUCGAAGAUAAGUGGAUCCAUUCUCAAUGAACUUAUUGGACUUGUUAGAUCACCUUUAUUGCAAGGGGGAGCUCUUAGCGCCAUGCUAGACUUUUUCCAAGCUCUGGUUAUUACUGGAACGAAUAAUCUAGGAUAUAUGGAUUUGUUGCGCAUGCUCACUGGCCCAGUUUAUUCUCAGAGCACAGCUCUUACUCAUAAGCAGUCUUAUUAUUCCAUUGCCAAAUGUGUAGCUGCUCUUACUCGAGCAUGCCCUAAAGAAGGACCAGCUGUAGUAGGUCAGUUUAUUCAAGAUGUGAAGAACUCAAGGUCUACAGAUUCAAUUCGUCUCUUAGCUCUACUGUCUCUUGGAGAAGUUGGGCAUCAUAUUGAUCUAAGUGGGCAGCUGGAACUAAAGUCUGUCAUAUUAGAAGCCUUCUCAUCUCCUAGUGAAGAAGUAAAGUCAGCUGCAUCGUAUGCAUUAGGCAGCAUCAGCGUGGGCAACCUUCCUGAGUACCUGCCGUUUGUCUUACAAGAGAUAACCAGUCAACCCAAAAGGCAGUAUCUACUGCUUCAUUCCUUGAAGGAAAUUAUUAGCUCUGCAUCAGUGGUGGGCCUUAAACCGUAUGUUGAAAACAUCUGGGCCUUACUGCUAAAGCACUGUGAGUGUGCAGAAGAAGGAACCAGAAAUGUUGUUGCUGAAUGUCUAGGCAAACUCACUUUAAUUGAUCCAGAAACUCUCCUUCCACGACUUAAGGGGUAUUUAAUAUCAGGUUCAUCAUAUGCCCGAAGCUCAGUGGUUACAGCUGUGAAGUUUACUAUUUCUGAUCAUCCACAACCUAUUGAUCCACUAUUAAAGAACUGCAUAGGUGAUUUCCUAAAAACAUUAGAAGACCCAGAUUUAAAUGUAAGAAGAGUAGCUUUGGUCACAUUCAACUCAGCAGCACAUAAUAAGCCAUCAUUAAUAAGGGAUCUUCUGGAUACUGUUCUUCCACAUCUUUAUAAUGAAACAAAAGUUAGAAAGGAGCUUAUAAGAGAGGUAGAGAUGGGUCCAUUUAAGCAUACAGUUGAUGACGGCCUGGAUAUUAGAAAGGCAGCUUUUGAGUGUAUGUACACGCUUCUAGAUAGUUGUCUGGAUAGACUUGAUAUCUUUGAAUUUCUUAAUCAUGUUGAAGAUGGUUUGAAGGACCAUUAUGACAUUAAGAUGCUUACAUUUUUAAUGUUGGUGAGACUCUCUACGCUUUGUCCAAGUGCGGUACUGCAGAGGUUGGACCGACUUGUCGAGCCAUUACGUGCCACGUGUACAACUAAGGUAAAAGCAAACUCAGUAAAGCAGGAGUUUGAAAAGCAAGAUGAACUAAAGCGAUCUGCCAUGAGAGCAGUGGCAGCACUGCUAACCAUUCCAGAAGCAGAGAAGAGUCCACUGAUGAGUGAAUUCCAGUCACAGAUCAGUUCUAACCCUGAGCUGGCAGCCAUCUUUGAAAGUAUCCAAAAAGAUUCAUCAUCCACUAACUUGGAAUCAAUGGACACUAGUUAGAUAUUUGUUCAACCUGGGGACCAUUAUAUUGACCAUAUGAUGCACUGAUUUGGCAGGUUAAUCAUAAGACAUGAAAAGAGAAGUAUUUAAAAGCUUCACAAUGUUCCACUUUUUUUUCCCUUCAUGGAGACAGUUUGACUUUCUUCCAUUGUUGUUUUUGUAGCAUUUAUUUCAGAAAUAUGUAUUUCCAUAAUCCAGAGGUUGUAAAACCACUGAUGUUCUAGUGGUUAGGGCAACAUUUAAAAUGACAACUAAACGUUAGGAUUGAUGGAGAUAGGGUCCAGUAUAUUUACCCUGUAAUGUUUAGGAUUAAAAUGUUAAAAUUUUGUGACCAUGAAUUUCUUUCUUUUAUAAAUUUUCUCUUAUUUAAAAAUCAAAAAUUCUGCAAGACAAAAACCAUGUUUCUUUUUCUUGUGUAACUUUGUUUCAGCAACAUAAAUUGAUUUUUUAGCUGGCAGACAAGAAUUAUCUGUGUAAGACUUGUUACAUUUCAGAGGGGUUGGCAGUUUAAGAGAGACAGUAGGGUAUCAUUUUUUAAGUAUGGGGAUUAACAAUAUCCCUGUUGCGCACACUAAUUUUGCAUGAGCAAGUUUGCAAAUAUGUAUUGUCUGUAAAGCAGCAUGUGCAGAUUAUUCAUAAUACAAAAGUUAAAACAAGUAUUAUUGUAUUAGUGCAAUUUUCAGAUAUUUAUUUUUGCACAGAAAACAUAUCUGGAGAGAGAGGGGAGUAAAUUUUUGAAACUUUGGUUUUCUUAAUGCCAGUGUGAAUUUGCAGGUGUUUUCAGCAAAUCAAGUCAACAAUUUGCCACUUUUUCUAUUAUAAAUUUAAAUUUGAAUAUUUAAGUACUCAGUUUUUCUCGGUUACCCAUUUGUGUGUGUGCGUUUCCCCUUAGAAAUUUGUAGCCAGAUUUUUCUUUGAUUUCCUUUGGACCUCUACAUUCCAUAUCGAAUGAUUCUAAUAACUGUGUGCUUGUGAAUUUUAUUUUUUGGAAAAUUCUGAAGCUGGCUGUCACAGGUUUGUUAGCUAAUAAUAGUAUUUUCUUUUAGUUGAGUUAGAUUUUUCCCCCCCCUUUCUUCUAGAGCUAAUUUACAUAUUGUAUUUGGUAAGUGUUGACUACUCCUGAUGAAAGGGUCUGUGCUUGGGGGGAAGCAAAGCUUUGCAGUACCUUAUACUGUAGUUAAAAUUUUAUUUAACAUAUCCUUCAGUGAGCUCCUUUCACACUGUAGCCUAUUCCCUCAAAUUUGUGGUGCUCCUGUAACAGUAAGAACUAACUUCUGAAAUAAAAGACAUCUCCUAAUGCUGUGCAAACAUAGUUUACAUGUAUUGAAGGAGGCAGUUGUUAAAUUGAGUGACAAGUUUUAAGCAUUCAGAUAUUUGAAAACUGCACCCUUUAUUUUUGAAACUGUGAAUUGGAAAUAUUUUUCCUGCUGUUUGACUUACCUGCUUUAACAUGCAGUUAUGAGGUGAUUUUAAUUAUAACAUACUGCGGUUAUAGACGAACAGCUUAACUUCAAGUAUUCAGAUGAUCGUGCAUAAGACUUCAUUACCAGUAAGGAUUUUGAUUAGUAUGUGGACAUGAAACGUUACAUGAAGUUGGUGCUGUUUCAGAGUGUGUGGCAGGUGAUAAUCAUACUAUAAUUUGCAAAAAACUGUAAUAGAAAUUUAUUUCAAGCUGUUAGUAUAUUAUGUACUAUGCAUUACCGUGGUACAGAUGUUGUGGAUAUAUUUUAAGUAUUUGGUUUCACGGUUUCACAAUAAAUUACAAUACUGUAGGCUCUAGGACCAAGUAGGAGACUGAUAAGCAUAUGUUGUGUGAAUGUCUUAGUUAAUUGAAGUUAAAUCCAAACUCUUCUCACAUAUUGGAUUUCACACCUUCAGUUUUUUUAACUUCUAAAAUGCUUGUAGUUUUUUGUUUUUUGAGUCUCGCAAAAUGGCUCAUUUUUCUAAUAUAGCUGAAAUUCUCUUUUAACAAAAGAGGUUCUGCUCUUUUCUAGCAGUCGAUAUGAUUUGUGUUUAUAUAUAUGAUAUAUAUAUUAUAAUGUAUAUAUUCACAUAUAUAACAAAAUUAGUAAAAGAAGAAUACUCAAAUUUUAAAUGCUGAGUCAUACUGAUCAAGUUCAUACUUCUCGUGGUGAUGUCCUGGUCCUGGAAUGGAAGGUGUGCGGUUCAGUCACAGUCUGUCACACAUACUGCUCACUGGUCGUUUAAUUAUUAGGAAGUUCUGCUUAGCAGUUCUGCACAUGAUGGUUCCUCAGGAGAAUAAAACAGCUGUUCACUGAUGAGGACAUUUAAAUUGUUUAGAUUUAGCCAAGUUCUUUUAAAGACAGCUCAAUAUGGGUUGUUUUUUAGUUGUUACAUUAUGAAACUAAGGCAGAAAGGAAAUUUGGUAUGGCAAAGCGCAACCUAAAAAUUUAAAGUCAGUAGCACUGCAUGAUAAUUUUUAAAAUGUGGUCAUAUAUUAAUUAAUGAUAUCUAAAGUUGCUUAACCAUUCAGAAUGCUUCACAAAUUGGAGUAUGGAGACUUCAACAAAUGUUUGAUAUUUACAUAAUUUUUAUAUAACCAUAAAUAACCAGGCCACUUUUUUGUUUUUUCACUUUUGUUGGGUAAAUGAUAAAUAACAUGGGCAUAUCUAACUGGUUUUGAAGGCAUAUUCUGAUACCUUUUAUAUCUAACUCAAUUUCAGAUAUAUGAAUAUGAUUAUAUAGAUAGGCAUGUUGAAGUUUAAUGAAAUACACAUGAUCCUCAGUCAGAAAAUUCAGUUAACUAGUUAGUAAUCCUUUUAAGGUGUAUUUAAACCACAUGACAAAGUAAUAUAGUAAUGCGUGACAAUUUUUUAAAAGUUGAAGUAACAUUUUCUGCCGAGGUAAAAAAUUCUACCAAAAACUUACGUUGUAAAAAUUAACUGCCAGUCUCUAGAUAUAGUAUACUUAGUAAAUAUUUUUAUAUUAAAGAGCUUUAAAAUUUCAGGAGAUGUUGAUUCUAGCUCUUAAAUUAAAUCCUAAUUUUUAAAUUACUGCCACUCCAGAGUCACACGUGUUUUUGAAAUUUUAAUUUAUCCUUUGUGAAAUGGAAAACGGACAGUAGUAACAACAGUUCCAUUUUGCUGUUUGGGAAGAGGAUAUUCUGGUUUUAAUGGAUUUUUUUUUUCUAGUUAAGUAAAACUCCUGAUACCUUUGGCUACAAAAUGGAACACAUUGGAAGUAAUCAUGUGGCAAGCUAGCAAAAGUUGACCAUAUGCGGUCAUUUUCUUAAGAAAGAUGCACACUAAAAUUACUUAUUUUCCCUUUAUAGUACAGUAAGUUGCUGAUUUUCCUAUUAAUACUAGAAAAAUAAGAUUUUGUGAACACCUGUAAUUUAGUCAAGAGUUAUCAGCAAUAUAUUUUUGCUGUUUAUAACUUUCAAAGUUAGCUCUUAAUUGAAAAUGGAAUUUGUUUUUCACAAAAAUCAACUUCAGUUAAAACAAAUGGGAGUAUUGCAGAUAAUUUUACUUUGUUAGACUUUGAAAUGUUAAUGUGUCAGAAUGCUUUUUAGUGGAGGAAGUGUGGAUACCCUGGCCUCUUUGUACUUUUUAGUUCUGAUCUUAAAUGAUUAUUAGUGAUUACUUUGGCAAAUUGAAUUGUUUCACUUAAGUCUUAGAUGAGAAAAGGCUAUCUGAAAUUUCUUUCUAAAUUAGAAUGUGUUGGAAUUAGUGUGUUUAACCAUUAUCAGUAACUUAGUGGUUGAUGCACAUUGAUUUUAUUCUAGAAUGCUCUCUCACAGGGAAAUUCUGAAGAAUUAUAUUAUGGAACUGGUUAAUGUAUGAUACCAUGAUGACCUCAUGAUUUAAUAGUCUGUAAUAAUCCUGUUACUUUGAAAAGCUGUUUUACUUGUUUCAUAGACAUUUCACUUUUAAUAUAAACCCAACUGCUUACUUAGGUCAGGGCAGCUAAAUGUGUGUGAUGGUAUCUUACUGUAACCCUAAUGCAUUAUUGUUAAGAAACCAAAUGUGUACUUGGAAUCCUUACCAUCCAUGAACUAAAUUAGGCAUUCCUAAAAGGUCUAGAAAUAAACUCUUAGUUUCUUAUUCUAGAAAUCAGUUUAGACUUCUGUAGAAAAAUGCAUGUUCUUUUAAGAUCAGGAUUUCUCAGCCUAGCACUGACAUUUUGGACUGAAUACUUCUGUGUCAUGGGGGCUGCCCUGUGCAUUGUGAAGUAACAACAUCCCUGAGCUCUACCCACUUAGAUACCCGUAGUACCAUCAACAACUAUCAGUUGUGACAACCAAAAUUGUUUCCAGAAUUUGCCAAAUGUCCCCACGGGAGUAGGGAAAGAGGGGGAGAGUGCAAAAUUGCCCCAGUUAAGAACCACUAUUAUCGAGAGCUUUCUCUUGUGAGCUGUAACCAACUGAGAUUCUGUACACACAGUUUUCAUUCUUGGUAUCAGUUCAUCUUCCUAACUAAAUUUAAGUACACUGUACUGUUUUCAAUAUUUUCUUCCACUAAAUUAAUUAGAACUAUCAUGAUCUAGUGAAAAUGUUUCCAUUCUAUAUUACUACCUCCUCUGAUUUAAAUGGAUGGUCUUUAUUAAACCACUUAAUAUACUGGCUUUUUUUUUUCCUGGCUGUAAAGUGCUUCCUCAUGCUGAAAGAAAUAGGAGUAUAAAAGGGGCUUCUACUGUACCAGGUGAUGUGAGGCAGUGAGUGCUUUGCAGUUGAUGUACUAUAUAAAAGGGCAACUAGUACACUUUACUUGGGUUCUUAAAAGUUGGAGUUUCAAAAUUACUCAUUUAUAUUCUUUUCAAGAGAACAGUCUAGUUCAAGAAAGUAAAUACAAUGAACAAAGACUUGCUUUCCAGUAUAGGUAAUUUCCUGUUUAGCUGUAAUAUUUAAAGACAUGCCAAAUAGUGAUUUUGGGGGAGUAUAAUAUCAAAAUUAUAUAUUUGAACUUUGAAAAUAAACCUGACUGGCACAUUUUUCUAUUUUUCUAGGAUUAGUUGAUGUUUGCAGACAAUAAAAUCCUUGUGAAUAAAGACUGGUUGGUGGGAGGCAAGUGGCAGAAAAACUAUCACAAAUCAGAUUGCUUGUUCUUUGAAACAAGAUCAUUGAGUUGAGUCUUUCAAAUUUCUGAACCAUUUUAGUUCCUCUUAGCAGAAUUGGCAUAAACAAAAAUAAAAGUUAAUUUCCUUUUGCAUGAUGUUUUUUGAAGUAUUCAUGAGGCUGAUUGGUCAACAGUUUUAGUAAGUUCAGAACGCUCAUUUUGGAACCUUGAAAAUUCAGUCUUUAAAACCUACAUUUAAAAGAUGUAGAAAUUUGUUUCGGCAUCAGUUGCAUUCGCAGAGGACCAUGUAUGUACCCGGAGGAGACGCCCCACUGCUGGUCUGUACUGCUAUAGCCCCUGCUCACAGUGUUCAAGAUUUAUGUAAAACUUAAAAUCAUGCCUUCAUCCUUCUAAGUGGAUCAAAAUUAAUUACCUUUUCCCCUCCUUUGCCUUGGUACUAGUACUGGAGACAGUACGGGGAAAACAUAUGUAUGUGUAUGAUUGUGGCACAGGUUCUUGGUCUCGGGUUGAGGACAAACCCAAGCCAUGGAAGUCAUGUACUCCAUGUAGUGAGAACAGAAUUAGCAAAAGCAUAGAGACAAGGUUUUAGAAGCUGAACAUGGCUGUAGUGUGGAAUAUGAGUUUAGAGGCUAGGAUGGGCAGAUUUUAUAGACGGCUUUGUAAACAUUUUGGAUUUAAUUUCAGGGGUGAGGUGAUGGCAAACCUAGAAAUACUUAGGUGCACUUUAGAGAAUGGAUUGGAAGGAACAUAAGACGUUUGUUGAUGAGUUAAUACAUUAAUAGAAUAAACUGUAUGAAAGGGAAUGUUGUGCUGAACCAGUAUAAAUAUGGAGGGGCACUCAGGGUGUUUGAAAUAAAAUUGACAGGACAACAGUUGAUUGGUUGCUGGGAAUAAGCACAGUUAUAUUAUGCUGCAGUACAGACAGUCCCCAAAAUAGGUGGUCUAGAAUACAUGAUUAUUCUGCGUAGUAUUGUGGAUAGCACAGGGUUAGCACCCCACGGGGACCCUGGAUAAUCAGGCUGCCGCUGGGAAUGUGAGUUGCUGUGGCAGAGGCAAAGAGAGAAGUGAGUCAUUUCUGUCACCUAGUGCUUUCCCAUGGGCAAGAAGUCAUAAGGUCAUAUCUAACAGCUAAAUACUUGUUCAUGAGGCAUUGGUGAGAAUAGUCAGCUCUGUUGAGCUGUGGAGGGCCCUUUUUUGACAGGCAAAAUGUGGGCAGAAGAGUUAGGUCAUGGUAAACAACUCACAAUUAGAUGUUCCUACCUAUUCUUACAAGUUUUUUCAAUCACCCCGCCACUCAGUUGCUUCUAAGCGCUUUCUCCACUCACUGGGUCCUCUCCAUCUUUUCCAUAUCUUCUACAACCAUCUUCACACCUUCCGGAGUGACAACUUUUGUUACCGGCUGUGGCUCCCAGGCCCAUAGGAAAUGGAUCAUCUACCUCAAGCAUUUUUUUUUUUUUUAAUCUUCACAUUGCAAGUGGUAUACAAAAAUAGCAGUCUCCUAAAAGUGCCAGCAGUUUUUAUGUUUUCUGAAAUUAAUUAUGUAGGUACCAUUCAAUAUUGGUUUUGGUUUUGAUCAACCUUUAUCUCUGCUACCACUCUUAAGGCUACAAGCUUAGAUAUUUUCAUCCAGAGCUGUUUGAAGUUAAACUCUAUCUUACUCUUAACUGCAAUCUCCUGUUCAUCAAGGUCUGCCUUCACUUGCUCUAAAUUGACUUUUGACCUCAGAGUCCUGUGAUCUGUAUUUCCCACCAUUUUCUGUUUCUUUUAGCCUUUUGUUUACCUAAUCUGGAUCUCCUGGGUUUUGUAAAUGAUUUAUUCAUAAAAUACGUGUCCAUCUAUUGCAUCUAGGGAUGCCCCCUCUCCCAUUCCUUAUAUCUUUAAGUAUUACACUUAACCCUGUCUCCAUACCCAGUGGAUUACCAUUAACAUCAUUUUGUCAAUAAAAUUAAGGCCAUUUUCUAUCCAUUGCCAUCUUUACAUCCUCAUCUCAGAGGUUGAGUUGGUUGUCCUUCUCCCAGAGCCUACCUUCCUCCGGCCUGUCCUAGAAGAAGGAAAAGUAAGUGAAAGUCACUCAGUUGUGUCUAACUGUUUGCGACCCUGUGGACUAUACAGUCCAUGAAAUUCUCCCGGCUAGAAUACUGGAGAGGGUAGCCUUUCCCUUUUCCAGGUGAUCUUCCCAACCUAGAGAUGAAACCCAGGUCUCCCGUGUUGCAGGCAGAUUCUUUGCCUAAUGAGCCACAAGGGAAGCCCUCAGCCUGUCCCAGGUUUUGGUUAAAUCAGUCCUCCUCCUCUUCCCUUUAUCUUCAGUACCACUAACACUAGUUCCAUCUGCUGGACCCUCAAAAAUACCCUGAAAUCUCAUCUAAAAAGACUUAAAUGUUUUUAAUUGUAUCUUCUACAAGAUACCAUCCCUGUAGAGAACUAGAUAUGCUUUCCUGAUUUUUUUGUGUUUUCACUUAACUCUGGCUCUCAUCCCUCUAUAGGUGAUCAUUACAAACCAAUUACAGUGAAGUCUUAGAUGCCAAAAUGGCCUUCAGUCUUUUUCUUACCUGAACUCAAAUUGAUAUCAGUAUUGUUGAUCACUCCCUCCAUGAGACUGACUAACUGUUGCCUUGGCUUCUAGGAUGUUAUCGUCUUCUGGAGGCUUCCUAAUACCUACGAGACCACUGUAUCUUAUUUUUGCUAAAACAUUAUUCACUAGGCCCUUCAGUUCAUGUCUUCUCAUUAUAUAUAAUCCUGCCUGGAUCAUCUCAUCCAUUUCUCAUGGUUUACAUGUUGAUUUCUAAAUCUGUAAACCUUAGUCCUGUAUUUCAGACUUAUAUCAAAUCACUUAUUGGACAACCCCAUACAGGUAUCUCAAACACAGGAUAGCUAAACCUGAACUCCGCAUCUCCCCCUGGUUUCCCUGUCUUUCUCUCUUUGCUGUUGGCAACCCAUUUAUCCAACCACUCAAGCUUGAAAUCUUAACACAAGUUUGGAGGCAAAAAGUGGUAAAUAACAAAGAAUAUGAAGAUGCUGCCAGACAUCUGGCUUUUAAUCUUGGCUCAAUAGUAGCUAUUUGACUUUGGUAAAUUACUUAGCCUCAAUUUCUUCAUCUAAAAGUAGCUACCUUAUUGGUUUAAAUAGGAAUUCUUGUAAAGUACUUAAAACUGUCUGGUACCUAGUUAGUGUUAUAUAAUUGUUAACUCUUACUAACUUCUGCUAAUUUAAUUUGCUAAAUAUUUCUCAGGUCCAUCCCCAGUACUGUGUGUUCAAGACCUCAUUUCCUCAUCUGUUGAUUGGAUGACUGCAGACGCUUCUUAAUUGGUGUUUUGUUUCACUCAGGAAACUAAUUUCUUAAGAACUUAGCUAGGUCCUGCCAGGCCUGUAAAGGCAGGUGAGAGAACAUACUUGACAUAAAGAAGUGCUGGUUACCAAGAGAAAACUGACAUAAUAAACACCACAGAAUUCUACUGUAUAAGAAUUACAUUGGUAACAAUGGAGGAUGUGAUCCAUUCUACAUGGAGCAGGAAGGGUUCUUGGACGAGAUGGAAUGUCUUGAGAUGAGAGGUAUUUUACCUUGGAAGAGUUGUUUUCAAGUGAGUGCAUCACAGUAACCACGAGGGCUUGUUAAAAUGGAUUGCUGGGCCCUCCAGAGAGUCUGGUUCCGUAGGUUGCAGUGGGGCCCAAUAAUUUUGCUUUUUUAUUUUUUAUUUUUUGUCCUUUACGUUUGCAGUCCUGAUGCCUUCUCAGACCACAUUUUGGGACCCACUGCCUUAGGAUACCCAGAGAGCAUUCAUUCCCAAGGCCGCUCAACUGCUAAGACCAUGGUCUUGACCGUUCAUAGUCUUGGGCUAUAUCCUUCAGUGACUCCUUUUUGGCCUGUAGGGCAAGUACAAGUUUUAGAUCUGGAUACUGUCAGCCCCUUUAGCCUCAGCAUCUGUCACGCGUAAGAUUGACCUUUAUCCUCAGGCAAGGGUGAAAUAUUUCUCUCAGCCACCAUGCUGCUCCUAACCUUUAUACCGCUGCUCAAGCUAUACCUUUUGCCUGGAUAUCUUGCUUUUUCUUCAUUUUAUACGUUGUCAGUCACUAAGUUGUGUCCAGCUCUGCAAUCCCAUGGAUUGUAGCCUGCCAGGUCUCUCUGUCCAUGGGAUUUCCCAGGCAAGAAUACUGAAGUGGGUUGCCAUUUCCUUCUCCAGGGAUUCUUCCCAGACCAGGGAUUGAACCUAUGUCUCCUGCAUUAGCAGGUGAAUUCUUUACCACUGAGCCACCAGGGAAGCCCUUCCUUUAUGAAGUUGACUGCUGUCCUGUAGGCUGAGUCAAGGACUCCAGAAGCCUCCCAUGAUGCCAGUUGACAAGGACAUAAUCAAGGGGCCAGCUCCCAACUUUAGAGCUUGUUUUCCCUUUUGUGCAUGUAAUAUAGUCCAAAUUUCUUUACAAGGCACCUCUCUUUUAACAUUGUGCAAACAUUGCUGAGUGGGGGAGGAUGGGUGGGAAGAGCUGAGUGGGCUAAUUGUUCAUAGACAGCCCUUUAUGUAAAACAGUACUGCCAACAACCUUGUCCCACUCUGUACCCAAUGUCUCACAGGUUCAAGUCCUUUGUAGAGCUUGACUGGACGGAAAGGAUCCCUGCUUUUCUGGUUUGUAACUUUUCUAAUGCCUCCUUGCUUCUUGUCUUCUAGGAAUUUUUCAGAAUUUUUGAGCUACGUGGGCCUUCCCUUCUGCUCUAUAUAUUAUUUUGGAUUUAUUUUCAUUCACAGAUGUUUACUGUCAUUUCAGUAGAAUUUGGAGACAAUAAAUAGCACAUUAAGUUGGUCUGCCA